AAUGCGAGACGGAAACUCGAAAGAAGGGCAAACAAACUCUUCAGCAUCUGAUUUCCAUGUGGGCGCCGUUAAAAAGAUGCUUUAUGACGAUGGUUCCGCACAAUAUAAAGCCUGGCUUCAGAGGACUACAACAUUGGAAGACAUUCAACAUCAGCUUGAACAAAAGCAUGCCAAGGAAACUACAAGUCCAGUGCAAAGACGAACCACAGGACCAGAUUCCGAUUUUUCGGUUGGAUUAGAUGACACUGAGGAUGGCGAUAUAACUGGCUAUGCGUUUGAUGGUAUCCAAAAUGCCAGCGUAAAUUAUGAUUAUCCCCUACACAUACAUCCAGGACCAUUGAUACCAAGAUAUACGUACCGUCAUACAAUAAUAGCUCCGCAUUUAAAGGAAAUAAGCAAAAGUGGUUACGAUAAUUCCUACGACGAUUACUCUGUUCAUCCUCCACCAUCUGACAAUUCGCAUGCCAUGUCAGAGUCCUCCAAGCAAAAGAAAGAAAUCAGUUUUAAUGUGCAUAACCAUGGUAAGACUUUAUAA